GUGCUCUGUGAUUGGCUGCUGAGUGCAGGUUCCUGAGGUGUCGCUCAAGCAGCUAGAGUUUCGGAUGUGUUUGCAUCCGUUCAUGACAAACGAUCUUGCACAGUGGAUCCAGACCCCACAGACACACUCCGAACCGAAACCAGCUCCAGAAAAUGGCUCAAUGUGCAGCGGCGGCGGCGGCGGCCAGUGGCGAUGUGAACGGAGACGGCAAGACGAAGAGGAAAGUGGCCAUCAUUACAGGCAUAACCGGUCAGGAUGGGUCCUACCUUGCUGAGUUUCUGCUGGCUAAAGGUUAUAAGGUUCACGGUAUCCUCCGCAGGUCCAGUUCUUUUAACACGGGCCGGAUUGAGCACCUUUAUCAUAACCCUCAAACACACACAGAAGGAAACAUGAAGUUGCACUACGGAGACUUGACUGACAGCACGUGCUUGGUAAAGAUUAUUAAUGAAGUCAAACCCACUGAAAUAUACAACCUUGGAGCACAGUCUCACGUCAAGAUCUCCUUUGACCUGGCUGAGUACACCGCAGACGUUGACGGGCUGGGGACCCUACGGCUGCUGGAUGCAGUGAAGACCUGCGGUUUAACUGACACCGUCCGCUUCUACCAGGCCUCCACCAGCGAACUCUACGGGAAAGUACAGGAAAUUCCCCAGAAGGAGACCACACCAUUUUACCCACGUUCUCCUUAUGGUGCUGCUAAACUCUAUGCAUACUGGAUAGUGGUAAACUUCAGGGAAGCCUAUAACCUCUUUGCUGUGAAUGGGAUCUUGUUCAAUCAUGAGAGUCCUAGAAGAGGUUCGAAUUUUGUAACUAGGAAGAUCAGUCGCUCUGUGGCGAAGAUCCAUCUUGGGCAGUUGCAGUGCUUCAGUCUGGGCAAUCUAGACUCCAAGAGAGACUGGGGCCAUGCCAAAGAUUAUGUGGAGGCGAUGUGGCUGAUGUUGCAGCAGGAGGAGCCUAUCGAUUUUGUCAUUGCGACGGGGGAAGUGCACAGCGUACGGGAGUUCGUGGAGAAGGCCUUCAAACACGUGGGCAAAACCAUUGUGUGGGAGGGGAAGAAUGAGGAGGAGGUGGGCCGAUGUCAGGAGACGGGAGAGAUUCAUGUGAAGGUGGAUCCGAAGUACUAUCGGCCAACUGAAGUGGACUUCUUACAGGGAGACAGUUCCAAAGCCUUGAAGAUCCUGGGCUGGAAACCACGUGUGACGUUCGAGGAGCUUGUUAAAGAAAUGGUGGACGCGGACAUCGAGCUCAUGCACAACAACCCAAAUGCCUGAGCCCACACGCCUUCAUCUCCAUGCAUGCCAAAGAGGCGGUUGUCAUGUGUUUGUGUGUGUGAUCACUGG